CAGCUCAUUUGCUGAAAAGCGCCAUCCGUGAAAACAUUAGGAAUGAAAUCUUUGCUCGUGCUACUUGUGGCGCUGGUGUUGCUUAGCGUUGCGCACGGGGGUCUGCUCAAACGCUUGCUACAUCUGGAGGCAACAACGACAACAACAACCACUACGACCACGACAACGGCAAAGCCAAGUCGACCAUUCUUCAUCAACAACAAUGUGCCCAGCCUGCAAGCGGGCUGUACCGCCACCUUUGUGUGCAAGAAGAAGCUGACGCAGCUGCCAAACCCACGACCUUGUGUCAAGUACUGCGUGAAGCAGACUGAGUGCCCCAACAAUGUGAAGGUGCGUGGCAAGCCCACUGACUGUGUGGAGCUGGACGAGGCCCAAGUGCUGGCCGAAUAUGAGGAGGAACGGGCGUCUUCUGUUUACAAGACGGCAUCGGGAUCUUCCACAGAGACGACCAUUAUGGAAAUAGCGAUGAUCGACUUUCCAUGUCAGCCGGGCUUCCUGCCCGAUUUUCGGGGACGCUGCCGUGAGGUGUGGUAAUGAAAAUAGAAAAUUUACUAUAUUUCUAUGUACAUAUGUAAUAUAAAUUUGGAAUUGUGCAACAAUUAAAUAAGAGCAGACUAGUGGACUAGUGGUCUUCUUGACAAACUAUACUAACAUAUGUAUACUCGUUGAUGUAAUACUUGUAUUAUUGUUUUCCUUCUUCUAACACUCAAAGUGUCAGACACACCCUAAAGCCCUGACCAGCUAACUUGAAACAACAAACAAACAUACACAACCGACACUGCUUGUGAACAGUAAACAUUAAAAGCCCCGGGCAUUGCAAAUUAUCGAAUAAUAUUCACAUGAAAUUAAUAUGUAAGUAAACA